AUGAUAAGACAGAAUAAAAAUGCCGGCAUUUCGUUGGAGAUGGAAUCGUCCGCCUUGUGUAAUGGAAACUCCUCCUGCACAAAUGGCUUUUGCCACAAUCUGACCCGAGAAUGUGUUUGCCCACCCGGCUUUAAAUGGAAUAUGACAACACAAAAUUGUUUAGCCAUAUCUGAGAUCAUCCCCCCUUGUGAUCCUCAUUUUGAUGAUGAUGACUUCAAAUCUCCCCGUUACUCCUCCUGUAAAUGUGAUAUUGGUUAUGAGUUCAAUGUCAUCUUGAAGAAAUGUAAACCAGUUUGCAAAUCGCAAUGUACAACGCCAUCGAAUGAUUCAAAAUCGAAUUGUAAACGAAUUUGUUUACCAAAAUGUUUAAGCGGCAAAUGUUUCACACUUAACAAACAAAAACAACAACGCUUUUACCAAUCUAAAGCCAUAUCGCAUUAUCAAAAUAUUUCACAAAUUUGUAAUGAAAAUUGUGGUUUUGGUGAAUGUCCACAGCCUGGUGGCCAUUGUCAAUGUCAUAAAGGAUAUUCGUUAAAUCAAAUUACCCAAUUAUGUGAACCCUUGUGCCCGUGGAAAUGUCCACGACAUAGUAAAUGUGUUCUACCCAAUGUUUGUGAAUGUGAUCAUGGCUUUAGCAUUGAUCCCCAUAACCGCCAACGCUGUAAACCCUUGUCGAGUAAAAUAUUUACCUACCGCGGCGUUCUAAGUGAUAAUUACCAUUAUGGAAAUUCUCUUAAAUUAAGUAAACUUCAAAAAUAUGUAAACAAUGAUGACAAGGCGCUAACCAAAAAGAAUUGUAACCCAGGUUAUUCCUUUAAUUCGAUUUCUCUAAACUGUCAACCCCAUUGUCACAAUGAUUGUCUAAAUGGUAAUUGUACCUCACCAGAUGUAUGCAUUUGUUGGCCAGGUUACUCCAUGAACCUAACCAGCUUAACUUGUCAACCCAAUACCUGUAAAUAUCCAUGUUCUCCCCAUGGUUAUUGUACACCCGAUGGUGAUUGCAUUUGCUUGGAAGGCUUUACCAAAUCUAUUAUACGAGGAUCGGGUUGUGAACCAUUGUUUAAUCAUACCUUAACAGUUGUAUUUAUUUUUGUUUGUAUCAUGAUAAUAAUGCUUGUUAUCAUAUGCCUGAUUGCCGUGGCUGAAAGGCGACGUAGACGUCGAUUUCGUUAA